UCGAUGAAGGACUUAAUACAGGUGAACCCGUCGUCCAUUUUGAAAAUAAACAACAAUGACUGAAUGAGAAAUAGAAAAUUCAUGCCGUAAACAAGUUUCUUCUGGCUUCGGGAAUACUAUUUAAAACUGUAAACAUUUAGUGUGUGUGUGUGAUUUAUAAAGGUAACAUACUUUUAUUUUACUUACCUGUAAUUACAGGUGUGUUUACCUUAAAACUAACAAAAUGUAAACCUAAUUUUUAAAUCGGCGUGAAAAGUAUCCGGAAGUGAGAGUUUAUAAGCAAAACCAUGGAUUCUGCAGCAAGACUUCUGUGUGCUACUCUGUGUGCAAUAGUGACUUAUAGCCCGGACCAAGUGUUCGGCCAGAUUACCCCACCCCCAGAGGGCCUUGUACCAGUGGAGGCGAAUGGACUCUUGUACAACCUUUAUUACGUACCCACUCAUUGUAAAGACCCGUUUGUGAAUGUACCCAAGGAUGUUGCGGGUGGUCUGCUGGUGCAAAAUCGUGAGAGGAAGGUUCUGAUGGCGAAGUACAAUCCGUAUAUGAUCCGAGGCAACAUAGAGAUAGAGCCCCAGGGUUGUCUCGUCAUCAUGCCUGGAGUGAAGAUGUACUUUGAUCCCGGUUUUGGGAUUAUUGUCAACGGAACACUCAUUGCCAGGGGUAGUUACAUUCCUAAUGGCCGUAUCCUGAUGACCAAGAAUCCAAAUGCCUCAGACCACUUGGGGCCCAACAGCCCUUGGCCCCAGGACGCUAGACUGGUUGAUGGAAACACGACACGGGAUGGUAGACUGGACCUCCAGUACAACAGCAAGUGGCGUGGCGUCUGCACAAACUAUAACAAUUUUACAAACAUAGACCUCAAUGUGACGUGUCGACACCUUGGCUUCGUGUAUGGAAACUUUACGUACCACUCGUUUUCACGUAAUGAGACGGAUUACAUGUUGUUCGAGAAACCAGCAUGUCGCGGCUCUGAAAAUAGUCUGUUUGAUUGUCCUGGGGCAAAGGACAUCAAAUACGGACCAACUAUUUGUGAUGGUCAGCAGGUGAUAGGGUUUGAGUGCGCAGGCUUGCGGCCUGACCUUGCGAAGGAUCACUGGAGGGGUAUUGAGAUCUACAACUCUACAGUGACAAUGGUGUACAGCACAUCGGAGCGACUCCGCUACAACAUCACGGAAACGUACCUGGAGUAUCUGGACAUUGAGUAUGCCGGGCUGGACAUUUACAAGGUGGACGGGCUGGUGCACGGGUUUGCAUCAAUAAGUGCGAGUCCGUAUGUACCGAUCAUGAACAAUAUCACUGUGUCUCACGGUGCGUAUGACGGGCUUAACCUGACGGAUAUCCGCGGAGAAAUCCACAUUGCGAACUCUUCGGUGUCGCAUAACAGAGGGCAUGGAUUAUUCAUCAAGUCACCUGUGGGUCAGACAUUAAUCAACAUGACGGACAUCACCCACAACUGGGGCGACGGUGUGAAGAUGUACGUGUCUAACUACACAAUCAACGAGUUCAAUCGGGACUACCCCUGGUCCGAUUCCUUCUGCCGCGUGGCAUCAUCCAACCAGUACAUGUUUCCCAUCACCCUGCACCAGGAUGUCGUGAGUCCCAUUGGGGAGAAGCCAGUAGGCUCAUCGUGUCAGCUGAAUAUCAGAACGGCGCCACAAAAGAUGAUCACGCUGCACACCCUCAUCAUGGAACGUGACCCCCAGGCCAGCGGGAUGAUUACAGUCCGGGACGGGGGUGAUUUACCCAGCCACCCUAUCAUCCUGCAGUUCAUGGUCAACAAUGGAUCGUUCCCACAGUCAGUGACCACCAAGACGGACACUAUUCAUAUCAAGUUUGAUUUUGAUAUACCGAGACCUGACGGAGAACCUGUCAAACGGUGCAAGAGCCAUCGACCAUGUAUAAGAUUCCUCAUGGAACUCACCACUAACUACGGUCCUGAUAUAGAGCUAAGGGUGUACAAUGCAUCUGUUUCCAACAACACCGGCUACGGGGUCAACAUUCAGGACGUGAGGUCUAAAGUGUCCAUUAACUCAUCCGUUGUGUCUGAUAAUUGUUAUGGGGCUGGGAUUCGGGUCUACCAGGGUGCUGCAGAAAUCGCUAUAAAUAGCACAAUCAUUGAGAGAAAUAUGAAAUGUGGCGUUAACAUUAGUUAUUCAGGUGGUUACCAGCUUAUAAAUGGGUCAACCAUUGCUAAUAAUUAUGGAUACGGAGUGAUAACUGAGUAUUUGUUGCUGAACAGAACACGAUUCGAGUUGGACGGCAAACAGAAAAUAGAAGUUGUAAAAUCGUUCUUCAUGUGGAACGAAUGGACGGCUUUCAGAAUAGGGAAUUAUUGUCGAGGUGGUGAAUAUCUGGUUAAUCAGAGUUAUUUUGCAUACAAUUUACAUGAGUCUAUAGAAUACCUGUCUUGUAAUAUCUCUACAAGCACACCAACAAAUUUCAGCAUGGCUUUUACAGAAUUUAGAGGAAACAAACGUCACGCUGUGCUUAUAUCGCCAAUUGUUAAUACAGUUGGAACAUUCACUAAUAAUACUUUCAGAGAACACACUCUGGGAGUGCUAAGAAUUGACAACGGCUACGAUUUUAUCGAGAACAGAUGGUAUAGAGAGCUUCCUGUUGCAUAUAAAAUCUAUGAAAAUAAAUUCACCAACAACACUGGUCGCUACGUGGUUAACUUUAGACUAAGUCAACCGGGUGUUAAGCAUCGGUUGGAGUUCAAAUUUAAUACUGUACAAGGCAAUAUUAUAGUAGACCCUUUUCAAUACCUGAAACCAAGAAGUAAGGCUGAUGCUGUGAUUGUCGUUUCAUCAGGGAACGUGGAAAUUCAGAGAAAUCUGAUUGAUAACCCAAAAUCCAUCCGUGACAUUGCCACGCAUCUUGUGGAUCCCUCUGUUCUUAUCCUUGCAAACUACAAUUGGUGGAUGACAUUCGAGCAUUCCCUCAUCUAUCCUCGACUCUUCGACAGAAACUCGCGCUACAACCUAGCAGAACUGAAGUACCACCCAGUGCUGAAAAACAACUGGUUGUACGGUAACUAUGAUACAAGCCUUGAACCAGAAUACCGAUGGCCGUUUGCCCGCGGUAACUACAUCGGUGGAGUGUUGGAUGACAAUUUCGUGACCAAUGAUUACACAAAGACAUAUCGCGUGGAUCGAGACAUCAUCAUUCUCAAGGGUAAAACUCUGGAGAUUCUUGCUGGGACCACGCUCGAGUUCCUGCCUUCAAUUGGCAUGAUGAUACUGGGUCGGCUGAAGGCUGAUGGUGCCAAUGUGAAAUUUGGUCCUCCCCAAGAAAUCAAGUUCAAGCUCUACGAGGAUGACUACAUUCCAAUUGAGAACAGGACAGUGUAUGAGGAGAUAAGACUGGUUGAUGGUGCUAAUGACUACGAGGGCAGAUUGGAGCUCAACUUGACUGGAGAAUUUGGCACAGUCUGCAGUGAUGGCUGGACGGACCAGAACUCAGCACUAGUGUGCCAGCAGCUGGGUCUGACUUUCAACCCGCUGUACGGCCGGCCCACCCAGGUCAUGUUCUCUGACCCCACCAGGCCCAUCUAUCUGAGUCACGUGUCAUGUGACACCCUGGACACGGACGUCAGGAAGUGUCGCUCCAUGAAGCGCGGGGAGUUCAGCUGCGAUCACUCCAGGGACGUGUUUAUCAGGUGUCAGCCACCUACUUGGUCAGGAGUGACCAUUCCUGCCCAACCAAGACACGGUCGAACAUUUGAGACCCAGCUCCGCUAUGUGUCCAUUGAGAAAGCUGGACUCCUCGACUUCAUAGAGAUGUCGUACGCUCCUGGCCUACGCAUCGACUACAAUUUCUACAAGAUGUCCUACAUCUCCGUAAGAAAUUGCGUAUCGGAUGGAAUCAACAUCAAAUAUGCCAAUCCGUUCAGUCAAAGCUUGCUGGAGAAAGUCACUGUAGAAAAUAAUCUAGGAAAUGGUAUAGUCACUCGCAGUCCGUUUCUGGAGAUGUCGCAUAUCAGCCUGGUGAAUAACGCGAAGGCUGGAUUUGUUUACGACCCGAUGUUCACGGAAUACGAGGCCCUCAGUGUACGCAAUUUCAUCAGCAAGGACGAGACCAUCAGCCUUACAACGCAGACCCAGCUGCAGGUUGGACCAGAUAAGAUGAUCUUCCUAACCACUGAUCCAAACCCUAUAGCGGAGGACCGUACAUACGAAGUUGAAAUCAUCACGGGGGAUCCGUUCUUCCGUGUGUGCAUUCAAGUGUUCGACUACAAUCCAUUGACGAGUAUAGAAAAGGUCACAUUUUACUCGUCGGACCGUUAUUCCUGGCAGUCUGCUAAGUCCUGGACGAUCGAGGAGGACCUUGUUGAUUUCCCUAUUGUGUCAAGCCAGCAGUUCAUGACGAUACGGUACAGAGUCAAUGGCACCCGGUCCGGGCGUCUAGCAUUUGCAGUCAUAUCUGUUGGUUACAAUCAGAACUAUGACUCGAUCAUCAAAGUCUACAAUGCAACCAUCAAGAACAACGAACGAGGCAUUGUGACCAAACAUUACAACAAUCCAAGCAAUGAGCGAAUGGAAAUAUUCCAUAGAGCAAAAAAGGAAACCAUCCAUUUCGAGUUGAUGACAAUCGAGGGAAGUAAACAAGAAGCCAUGUUCAUUCCUAGCUUGACCAAAUGGCACACAAAUUUCAUUCCAACCCUUGAAGAAAUGACGCGCGCGGAAAAAGUCGGGGAAAUAAAGUAUGUGAUUGUUCACUCGAAGAUUAAGAACAAUUACAAGGGAAUCCAUGCUGAGCACAACCACGUAGACUUUGCUAAUAACGUCUGGAAGUGGAAUGUGAGCUAUGUGACAAUAGAAAACUGCGAGACAGGGGGUUUUGAGAUUGAGCUACCAAGAGUGAAUGAUCUGAUAGAACGUCAGGUCCAUCAGGUGAUCGUGAACAGCUCGGAAAUGAUGAACAACAAGAAGUUUUCGUUCAACAUUCUGGGAUACUAUGCGGACGUCAGAAUCGAGGCGAACAAAAUUCACGACAACAACUGCCUUCUUGGCGUCAUGAAAAUGUCAGGAAUGGAAAAGGAUCUAUAUAUCUAUGAGAAUCGAAUCGAGAACAACAUCAACUGCAAGUUUGCCAUCGACCUAGACCUGAUGAGUCACUCAGAGUAUUCGUCAUCUGUGUCUGGGAUGAUCAUGUAUAACUACAUCACAAGCACAAGAAAUACUUACGUCCCUCAGGGUCUCGGAAUCACCAGCACGCCAGUGACGUAUGCAGUCCAGGUCAAAGGUGUGCAGAAUGUCACUUUGGUGAGAAAUGUUUUCGAUAAUAAAGACCUCCAGUACGAACUUGUGGCCGGAGUCACGGCACUUAUCCUAGACAAUAAGAUGAAUGUUAAAGAGAACUACUGGGGCACCACCGACCAGUACCAGAUUCGGAAACGCAUUUUCGAUUUUGAUGACUGGAACAAUUACGCCAUUGCAGAAUACUUCCCAUUUCUUGGGGUUCCAAAUCCGAGAGGGGAUCUUGCUCCAGAUUCUGAACUGGUUAUUCGUCUUGACCUGAAUCGCCUUGGAGGGCGUGUCAUAGAAGAUUUGACCCUCCCUUACCGAUCUGAACCUUACAUCGUAUACUCUGACCUUACCAUCAUGCCGGAUGCGAAGUUCUCUAUUCCUGCAGGUGUUCAUUUAAAGUUCUAUCCCAACGUGGGAAUCCUUGUUCUUGGUCAACUGGUUGCAACUGGCGCCCCCUACAGUAGAAUUAAAUUCAGCCCAGCAGAACCGGACUUGCCGUUUGGACGAAAGCACAAUUUUGAAGGGUUCUUGGAGCUAUACAAUGCCUCGUCAAGAUCAUGGAAUAUAAUGUGCGAUGGGCAGUUUAAUGAAAAGACCGCAGAAGUUGUUUGUCGAUCUUUGGGAAUGGAGACGGUGAAUGUGGACGUCCGAUUUACGCCACUGUAUGAUUUCUUUGUGUAUGGCAAACCAAUGUAUUUCUUGAAAGAGUUUUGGGCAUACUCCUAUUAUUGCAGAGGCAGUGAAGAUUCUUUGGAUUUCUGUCUGAAGAGAAUUAAUUACAACAUCAAGCCGUGCAUAUUUGCCGGAAACUUCACCUUUAUUCGCUGCGGACCGAGAAAUCUACCCAAGCCUCUGGAUUAUUGGGGCAACAUAAGAUUUGCGAAUCCAAAGUAUGAUGAAGAGAUUAACCCGUAUCAUGAUGAUUUCACGCGGUCUAGACUCCAGUAUGUUGACAUCGAAGGUGCUGGUAUGCUACAUGGCGAAAAAGUGGGGGCCAUUCAGACGACAUAUGUUAAUCCCAUCAUGGAUCACAUGAAUAUCACGAAGUGCGUUCUAAAUGGAAUCGAUGUAGUUGCUCCCAGACAGGGAAUCAAAAUUGAACAGCACAACAUUUCAAACAAUUUAGGCUACGGCAUAAAUUUUCUUGUUCUAAAUGGCGAUUCAAUGGCAUCCGAUACUUCCUCCUUCAUUCCUCUUAUAACAAAUACUGUUCCAUACAAUCUGUACGGUCUUGUAGACAUCUGCAGAAUGGAGAAGGAAAUAGUCGUAGAAAACCGACUCCUCUUGUUCUACAAAUACUCCCAGUCAUCAAUGGACUGCGUCAAGAUAAUCCGUGGGUAUAGCAGCAGCGUUGGUGCGAAACCAGUCGCUCUGCGAUUUCUCCAGUUCAGCUUAUACUAUGACGAAUUCUAUCGCAAUAUUGUGGAGAUAUUCAACGGCAGGGGCAUCACUCUGACCAACCAGCUUGCUCAGCUCUCCAGCAAGAGUCAAAUGGAGGAGGUAAAGCGGCAGUACAAGAGCACUAACGAGUUCCUGACUAUUCACAUACACGCCUCCCCUUCAUACGGAUUCUACGGAUUUGUUGCUGAGGUUGUGACUUUACCGAUGUCUGGACUUACUUAUCCAGAUGACAGCAUUCGUCAUGAGGUGAGAGACGUAAUCAUGAUGAGAAACCAAGAUGGCGCCCUAAUGUACAAAAAUGUGGGGGACAUCACUCCUUCCAUCUACAUUGAACAGUGCUGGAUCGAAAACAACGGCGUGGGAAUUCUCAACCUGACCUCCCCACCCGUGAUCGACGUAGGGUUACAAUCCACUCGAAUAUUUGUUUUAAAAGACUCUUUCAUCGCGAGGAACAAAGGCGGAACGUACAUAACAGCCACUACACCGUCAGCUGCAACAAAACUUCGGGCGAACAUCACAAACAAUGUUUUUGCAUACGGCACGCAUGGCGAGGUCUUGAAUCUUACUGGCCAUCAUUACGAGAAAUUUCUCUUAUACGAGAACUACAUUUAUAACAAUUCAGCGGGAGACUACAGAGACGUGAUUCACGUACAGAACGUGGUGGUGAACUUUACGUAUAACACCGUCGCCAACAACACGGGUCAUUACAUUGUCAGGCUUUACAACACGGAGAACACAGAGGCCACUCAGGAAUACACGAAGAGCCUGUUCACUGGAAAUAACGCGACUGCCGUGUAUAGGGCGCUGUUCCACGUGGGAAGUGGAAACCCAAAAAUCAACAAAAACUACUUAGUGAACGAAGAAUGUGACUUUGAGCUUGAAACGAACCCUGUGAACAAAUUGCCUAACGGUGAGCCUGGAAACUCUGCCCCUAUUGAUGCAGGGGAGAACUGGUGGGGCCUGUACAGCACAGGCUACGUGAACGGCAAGAUCUGGGACAAGCUGGACAAUGCCUCCCUGGUGGCUGUCAACUACAUGCCCAUGAAAGUCAACAAUGAGUCCCUUAUAUAUGGCAAGUGCGCCCCUGGCUGGUUCCUGGAGGAUGAGAGAUGCUACAAGUACUUCGGGGCCGCUCUGCCGUACAAUGAGGCCAACCAGUUCUGUGUGGAAAAUGGUGGAUUUCUUGCCGAGGCCAAGGGUAAACAGGAGUUCAUCCGCAAGUACAUCCGUCUGAUCAUGAAUGUGUACUCUGAGAACCAGCGAGUGUGGGUGUACUCAGAGGUGACUAGUGGACGGUGUAGUGCCUUCGAGAAAAACUACGUCGUUGAGGAAUAUGACUGUUUCUAUGUCAUGCAUCCAUUCGUCUGCGAGAAAGACCCGUACAUCUCACCACCUGGGUCCACCAUCCACAUGGCCGUGAUCGGCAUAGCAGCAGGAGUUGGCGGGUUUCUGGUCAUAGUAGUCAUUAUCCUCCUCAUCCUGUGGCGUGUCAAGUCCAGGAAACGUAGCGAAGAGCGUUUUGAGCGACAGGAAUCUAUACGCGCGUCGGUCAAAGGGUCGACCAUCCGCACUCGGUCACAGAUGUCGCUGUCUUCUUCGAAAUACCUGUAUGAUCAGAGGUCCCUUGGCGCAUCACAGGUAAGCAUUGAAGGUAUAACGGAUGAUGAGACCACAACAGACACCAAGGAGGUAAGACGGCGUCUGAGGCAGCAACCAGAGAUAGCUCAUGGUCGUCAAGAGGAUGAGGACUAUCCACGGUAUGCUGGCCGCAACCAUAGCAACGGGGUAGUGAAGAACGGUCCACCUCACAGGAGUAGGGGGAGGAGUGAAGAAAGCGAUGACGAAGAUGAGGAUUAUGGGUUUGACAAGCGACGAGAGGCAGAAAGGGAUCGUGUCCCUCCCGCUGCACGCCAUGGGCAACAACAGACUAAUGGUGGAUAUAAGUAUUCUGAUGAGAGUCAUGAGCACACGGAUAGGGAAAGUGAUGAGGAUGAUAUGAAGAAAGAGGUUGAUGAUACUGAUGAGGAGGAGGAGGAGGCCAGAAGGAAUAGUUUCACACCAGUGAAAUUUAAGCCGUCCAUGGAGAAAGAGUUGGAUUCCAUUCAGAUGAAGAGUAAUGGCUCGAUUCAGUAUCUUAAACAGGAUGAUACUGGCAGCGUGGAUUUAAGUGGGACUGCUCGUAAUCUGUCGAGGUCAAUGUCUAGUUUCAGUGGUCAGGAUGUCCAGGCUGGUCAAAUGUCUUCCAGAUCAGACAGCCAGAACAGUGACGUGAAUCUUCCACCACCUCCUCUGCCUCUCAACAUCCCAGCCUCCCAGUCUAAACCUCGUAAGCAGCCUCUCCCUGUUCCUGCCCCAAGACUUACCGGCAAGCCCCUCCCGUCGGCAAGGUCAUACGGAAGCAAAGAGAACAUCAGCAGCCCUAGGGAAUUGAAGAUGAAUAAUCUGAGCCAGGAUGAAGUGAGUGAUUAUCGCGGAAGCAGGGACAAACUGGAUUCUGUAGAUUCGUUUCCAGCUUAUCCAGCCAGAAAGGCACCAAGUAGAGAGAACUUGAGUAACGUCCCAAUGCAAGUAGGUAGGAGCAGAGAAAGGCUGGAUGAGUUGACGAGUAGAAAUGUGCCUUCACCACUCGGAGCUGGCAUUGAAUUCUUGCCUUGCGCAAGUGGGCCAAGGUUUGAAGAGGAAAGGCAGUCACCAAUGUUGCAAUUAAGCAACAGUCGCGAAAAUCUUCUUCCAAAACGGCAAGACAGCGAUAGUUACAAACCAUCUCCUACUCCAGCAUAUGAACCACUCCAUCCCGGUAACAAUUACAAUCCAAGCAAUAGGUAUGGACCAUCACCUGAUAACAGGUACCCUAUCCCAUCUGCUAAUCCAGGGAUAGAUUAUCUGGAUCGUAGAACGCCUCUGAACACAGAUUACAGUCCCUUGUCCUCAGGCAUGGAUUAUCUUCCUUCCAACACUCGUACGCCCAUGAAGAGCCGCCAUUUAAUUGGCCAACACCCUAGUGUGUCUACAAACAAUUCUGACUAUGAGAGUUACGACGGUGGAUACAAACCCCCCACAGGUGCUGGUCCAAGACUUGUAGACACAACCCCUGGUUACUAUGACUACAAUCCUCCUCAGGCAAGAAAUACUCCAUUGUCAACUGGGGUGAACUUAAUGCCAAGAAAUGACUUUGCACAAUCCCCUAGACAGCAGCAAAAUAAUGUGUCUCGCUCAAGAGAAAAUCUGUCACGGUCUAGAGAAUAUUUAUCAAGGUCACGUGAUAAUAUGAGCACAGACUUUGCGUCUCUGAGUGUGGCAUCAUAUGAUAGUGAAAUUCAGGAGAAUUCCACAGAUUUUGAGAAACCUCGGCAACAGAAAUCUGUAGAAACAGAGAUUUGAAAAUGUAUAUGUAUGGAAUGACACAAGCAAUGCCGUUCUAACAGUGCAGAUAAAGCACAAAAUUGAACUGCAUGUAUUAACUGCAACUCUAUUCCAGAAUAAAGACUGUGGCAAAAAGUGCGGUGGAAUUAAACAUUUUUUUUUAAAGAUUACUUUGUAUUGUUUUGUGCUAACUGGUUGUGGAAAAUAGCAUUGUUAUAUUUAUGGUUUUGCUUUAAAAUGCACCUGUAGCAAAUACUUUUCAUUAUUUUGUAAUUUUGAAAACAUAUCAAGGUGAAUAAUUUAACCAAACACUUGGAGGACAUCACUUUAUCGUUUUAAUAUCUUUGAUGUCAUUUUUUUUUAUCUUUGAUGUCAAUUUUGGACCACAUUAAGUGUUGUAUGCAGUAAAUAUUGAUCAUGUAUCAUCUUCAGUAUAGUAUCUGUUUGUUUUGUUUAUUUUCACAUAUUACUUCAUAGCACUGACACAAUGUUAAACAGAGCUUUACGGUUGUGUGUUUGUUACUUACUCCUAUUUAGAUUUUCUUCUUUAUUAUUUUAAUUUGUACAAAUUGUACAAUUUUUGGUGCAUACAAACAUUUAUAUGAACACAUGUGAGUAACAAUGUCCCGUAACAUACAUUAGCAUGUUUACUCUUUACCACCUAGAUACGUAUUUUCAUGCAUUUGUAGUCCAUUAGAUAGGUAAAUUUAAUUAAAGACCUUUCUUACUAGAUUCAAGUUUUAAAGGCUUCAUUUCCAACCCUUGGAUACUGAUGAGCAGCAAACCGCAUAAAACCUGAACAGACUGUGAGUUAAUCCCAAGCUGUUCUUGUUUUAUGCUGUUAGCACAAAGCCAUUUUCACUUUGCUUCUAAAUGGAAAACGGUUAAACAAUAUUUACCUUUUACUUAUACAAUGUCUACCAUUACAAUGUUCAACAUUCAAAAGUUGUAUAUUCGACUAUGUAUUGACAUAUUUUGACACUCAAUCUAAAUAGGGGUCAUUGUAGAUCUAGUCUGAACAUACAUUCCCAUUUGAUUGAUAAGUUCAAAUUCCUUAACAUGUGAUCAUUGAUACUUGCCUUUCAUCAAUCUGUUUACCUUUAUGUUGCCGCUCGAAUUCCUUUUACAAAUAUUAACAUUAUAAUGCAAAGGGUAUAUAUAUAGAUGGACAUGCAUGUAGACGUUUGUUCCAGAGCAAUUAAUACUGUAAAAUAAUGAUUUGUGGGAAACAUUAAGUAUCGUUUAUUUUGUUUUUUUUUCACUGAUCCUUAAAUAGAACACAAACGCAUGGGGGAAUGAAUGACUGGAUUAUUCUCUCGUUAUUUUUUAUGAGAAAUCCACAAAUUGUAUGUGUCCAUGAAAAACUCUUAAAAACCCAAAACUGUAUGCCUACAAAUAUAAAUGAUUUUACAGUAUAUCGAGGGUCCUUUAGUCUUUUAGAGGGUCGCAUUCAUUCUGUACAUCUGCUCUUAUCAACGAUCUAUCAAUAAACUUUUUUUAUUGGCUGGUAGUAAUAUAUUGAUGCCUUUUUCUGGACAUUUUCGAUGUGCAUAAUUUAACUUGUAUAUAUUCUGCUCAAUUCAUUUAGCAAACGUAAGGUUUAUGUCGAAUUUAAAGUGUAUAUUUAAAUGAUGUAAAAUAAUAGUGUUAUAACAGAUGUUUAUGUUGCGUUAACUAAAUUGUGAGAAAUCUGCCAUACAAAUGUACAUAUAUAUUUCUUUGACUCAUCAAUGUAUAGUUAUAUAUACAUCCUAUAGUUUUAUUUUUUCAUUGCCAUUAAUAAUGUUAUUUUGUAAAUUUGUAAUUAGACUUCAUUUUAUGUAUUCACUGAUUUAAAAAUCUAUCCGUAGUUUUCUUAUUUCUGUAUCUAAAUUGUAUACAUUCCAUUUAUAUAUUUUUAUAUAGAAAUAAAUUUUACAUCUGAAAUUGAGUUGGCGAGUUUAUGAACGGACAGAUCUCUCCGUUUCAGAAUCUAAAUAUAGGAAUUAUGCAACCUAUGAAUACAAUUUAUCAUGAGAAUUUUUUUUUUAAUAUCCACCAUGACUUGGGCAAAUGACAAAUGUCGAAUAUCAUUAAUAUCCUCCAUGACUUAGGCAAAUGACAUGUCAAAUACCACACAGGACAAUACUUGCAGCAGAACAGUAAGCAUGAUUAAAGCUGAUUAAAAUGAAUAAUCAAAUGAUUAAAGCUAUGUUCAACGCCUCGGAUUGGUCUAUGCAAAGAAUUGGGGGGUUAAACUUUCGGACUAAACCCUACACUGUGUCAAUGAUCACAAAACACGCUUGUAAAUAUCACUCCAGAAACAUAAUUAAGGAAAUAAUUCCUGUUACCAUCAAGAAACUUUGUCAUGAAACUUUACCAUACGUUUCAAUAGAGAAAGUUCUUCAAACUAAUGACUAGCAAAAUGAUAAAACACAAUUAGCUUAUUCAUAUAUUUUGGAAAUAUAGGUGCCGAAAUAGUCAGUUUUGUCAGGUUAUUGGCCAAAUCUGAUCAAAGCUUAUGCGGGAAUUUUAAGAUCAAACAAGUCAUUUGUAUGAUUAAUGUGUUUCUGGACUAGUGAUCGUGUGAAAGAUUGGCUGGAUAUUAACCUAUUUACGCCUAGUGGACUCUCAUCUUUCUAAAUUGGAUCAAUUUAUUUCCAAAAUUAGGGAUAUCUAGUAUAUUUAUUUCUAUAUUUCUUACAGAAAAUCCUUUAAGCAAACAGUGCAGACCCUGAUGAGACGCUGCAUCAUGCGGCGUCUCGUCUGGGUCUACGCUGUUUGCCAAGUCUUUUUUUCUAGACGCUAUGCAUAAAUGGGUUAACAGACGUAUUGCAAUUUACCUAACUGUGGUGCACGCUGGUCAUGCGGAUACUGGAUAACGGAUGGCACUUCGAAAAAGAGAAAUCAUGGUAUUACCAUCAUACCAUUUGUAUGAUUUGGUAUAAUGUUAGACUCUAAUAUAGAUAACCUGGCGCAAAGAUCUAUACAUAAACAGUUAUAAAUUUUAAAGAAAAACGGAAUAAUAGGCAACGUUAUCACGAUCUUGUCAAUUAUUUAUUAAAAUCAAUUAAAGAAAAACACUUUUCUUUGGUUAUCAAUAUUUAUUUUUAUUCAAGGAAUCUGGACAUUUUAAGAUUGAAUGUAAUACAUACUGAAACGAAUCGUGUUCUUUUGUCAUACCUGUAAUGGAAAUGUACGAUAGAUUCAUAAAUUUGAAAACACU